GGCAACCGCGAUCUUUCCAAUUCAGUUCAUGUUCUUCUUUGGCCCGCUAAAGCAACUCUGCAACUCCAAAAUGUUGCAAAUGAAAUGUGUUUAUCACCCUGUACUUCCUGUAGUUCAGUACAAUGACUUCCGGUAGUGCAUUCCAAUGACAUUCCAAAUUCCACACAGACGAUGACAUUUCUGUUUUCUAGUUGUCAGUUGUUCGUGUAGCCAGAAAGAGUCUGUCUAUCAAAUAUGGCGCUCGUGUCAAGUGUUUUCUUUUGUACGUCGCUAAUUUACCUGCUAAAAAAUUGUGAAAAAGUGCAAUAAAAUACUAAAUUUAUUUGCAAAAACUUAAUCAGUACUCGUCCAAAGCCAUCAGACACGAUUUGUGUAUACGUUAAAUGCAUUAGUGUUUGAAUUUAAUGUGAAAAUUAGCAAAUUUAAGGCGUUGAAACACAACAAGAAAAAUUUGCCAAAACAGCGAUAAAAUCGAUUCAUAAAGACAGUGAAGGAAUAUACACAUACAUACAUAUGUGCCAUGGCGCAAUUGAAGUAAAUAAAGCCUGUUUGCUGUAUAAGUACAUAUGUAUGUGUAAAAAAGAAACAACUAAACCACAAUAGUAAAGAAAUAAAAAUGAAAAAAAAUUAAAAGAAUAUAAGUGCAAAAAUAUUUCAAGCAAAACGCAGAAAGUGUAUUCCAUUCAAAUUCCACUUGAUUUUUGUGUAAUACUAGGAGAAUGUGUAAGGUGCGGCGCAGUGCUUAGAGCGCUUUGAGGCGCAUACGAAGCAAAAGUUAAUAGAAAAUUCGCUGAUUGUUAACGCGUCACAAGGUUCCAACGCCGUCAUCGUUAGCGGUCCGUAAAGCCGUCGCGUGGUCUGUCAUUCUCUCCGCAUUUAUCGUUCAUCGCAACCGUCAUUCAUAUCGUCAACGCGUUGUUUCCGUUGCCGUCAAAGUCGACAACAAUUCGAACAUUCACCAGGCUCUUGUCUAGCUAAAGCUUUGAGCCACUGAAACGUAUUCAAAAGGAUAAGUAUAUACACGAACGAGUUCACUCACCGUACUCCCUCAACGCCCAUGCGUUAGAAUAAUCGUCUUUUGGAGGACGUCACCAGCAGCACAGCAACGUCACUAACAGCACGCAAAAGAAAAACUCUUUUUAGAGUAUAACCUUGUUUUUUUUUUUUAAUAAUUUCUGCUGCUGCCACCAUUCCAUUCAUUGUGGCACUAAAACCACAUAGCCACAAAGCAAAUAGGAAACAUUCGCGUGUACAUAAAGGCUCACAUUGACGACAACGUGGAGAGUGUAAACCGGUUCAUACCGAGAGGAAUACAAACUUACUCAUACGUACACCAUGUCAACCGAUAAGAUCAAAGUUGCUGUGAGGGUGCGACCCUUCAAUCGUCGCGAAAUCGAGUUGGGCACAAAAUGCAUCGUGGAGAUGGAAAAACAGCAGACAAUUCUGCAAAAUCCGCCAUCGCUCGACAAAUUGGAGAGGAAACCUCCCAAAACAUUUGCAUUCGAUCAUUGCUUCUACUCGCUAAAUGCCGAGGAUCAAAAUUUUGCUUCACAAGAAACAGUCUUCGAUUGUGUGGGACGUGAUAUACUCGAUAAUGCAUUCCAAGGUUAUAAUGCCUGCAUUUUUGCCUAUGGCCAAACAGGCUCCGGCAAAUCAUACACAAUGAUGGGUUCACUUGAAUCCAAAGGCAUCAUACCACGCCUUUGUGAUGAGCUCUUCUCUGCCAUUGCCAAUAAGACUACACAGGAUCUGCUGUAUAAAGUGGAAGUGUCCUAUAUGGAAAUAUACAAUGAGAAAGUACACGAUCUACUUGAUCCCAAACCAAAUAAACAGUCACUCAAAGUGCGUGAGCACAAUGUGCUGGGACCCUAUGUUGAUGGUUUAUCCCAAUUGGCAGUGUCUUCGUACAAGGACAUUGACAAUCUAAUGACGGAGGGCAACAAAUCACGUACAGUGGCCGCUACUAAUAUGAAUGCUGAAUCGUCACGUUCGCAUGCUGUUUUCUCGGUAGUGUUAACACAGAUUCUGACCGACCAAGCGACUGGCGUGAGUGGUGAAAAAGUGUCACGUAUGUCGCUGGUGGAUUUGGCUGGCUCGGAGCGUGCCGUCAAAACUGGUGCUGUGGGUGACCGACUGAAGGAGGGCUCCAACAUCAACAAAUCCCUCACCACCUUGGGCUUGGUCAUUUCGAAGCUAGCCGAUCAAUCGAAUGGCAAGAAAAGCAGCAAUGACAAAUUCGUACCCUAUCGCGAUUCAGUGCUUACCUGGCUGCUGAAGGACAAUUUAGGUGGCAACUCGAAGACGGUGAUGGUUGCCACGAUAUCACCCUCAGGCGACAACUACGAAGAGACGCUAUCCACGCUGCGCUACGCCGAUCGCGCCAAACGCAUUGUCAAUCACGCUGUCGUCAAUGAGGAUCCAAAUGCGCGUAUCAUACGAGAAUUGCGUCUGGAAGUGGAAGCAUUACGAAAUAUGCUGAAACACGCCACCGGUUCGCCAGUGGGCGAUGUGCAACGCGUGGACAUACACGACAAGCUGGCUGAAAGUGAGAACCUGAUGAAGCAAAUCUCGCAGACGUGGGAGGAGAAAUUGGUGAAAACCGAACGCAUACAAAAUGAACGGCAGCAGGCACUUGAAAAGAUGGGUAUCAGCGUGCAAGCGAGUGGCAUUAAAGUGGAGAAGAAUAAAUAUUAUUUAGUCAAUUUGAAUGCUGAUCCGUCCCUCAAUGAGUUGUUGGUCUACUAUUUAAAGGAGCGUACACUGAUUGGUGGUCACAGCAUAUCCGGCCAACAACCCGACAUACAACUAUCCGGCCUUGGCAUACAACCUGAACAUUGUGUCAUUGUAAUCGAAGAUGGUGGCCUCUUCAUGGAACCAAUUCAGGGGGCGCGUUGCUUUGUAAAUGGUUCGGCGGUGUUGGAGAAAAUUCCGCUGCAUAAUGGCGAUCGUAUUUUAUGGGGCAAUCAUCAUUUCUUCCGUGUCAAUUGUCCGAAGAGCGCCAAUGCCAAUAUGAUUUCGGAGCCGCAGACGCCGGCGCAAUUAAUUGAUUAUAAUUUUGCGCGCGAUGAGAUUAUGCAGAACGAACUGAGUAAUGAUCCCAUACAGACGGCCAUUGCACGGCUUGAGCGUCAGCAUGAGGAGGAUAAGCAGGUGGCGUUAGAGAAGCAGAGACAGGAGUAUGAGCGACAAUUUCAACAGUUGCGUAAUACGUUAUCGCCCAGCACACCUUACGCACCAUAUACGCCAUAUGAUCCCUUGCGUUUGGGUAAAAUAACACCAAACACACCUACAUCCCAAAUGCGUGUAGAGAAAUGGGCACAGGAGCGUGAUGAGAUGUUCAAGCGUUCGUUAGGUCAGUUGAAAAACGAUAUAAUGCGUGCUAAUGCGCUGGUACAGGAGGCUAACUUCCUUGCCGAAGAGAUGGAGAAGAAGACGAAAUUCUCAGUUACAUUGCAAAUACCGCCAGCAAAUCUUAGCCCAAACAGAAGGCGUGGCGCCUUUGUCAGCGAGCCGGCAAUUUUGGUAAAACGUACUAAUUCAGGCAGUCAAAUUUGGACUAUGGAGAAACUGGAAAACAAGUUAAUUGAUAUGCGUGAAAUGUAUCAGGAACACAAGGAGCGCAUUCUAAAUGGCUUGCCUGUCGUUGAAACAUACUCCGACGAUGAAGAUAGCGAUGAGGAAAGUGAGCACUCGAAGUCUCUGGAUCCCUUCUAUGAGUCGCAAGAGAAUCACAAUUUGAUCGGUGUCGCCAAUAUUUUCCUUGAAGUACUCUUCCAUGAUGUGAAAUUGGACUAUCACACACCAAUCAUUAGUCAACAAGGUGAAGUUGCUGGCCGACUUCAAGUCGAAGUUGAACGCAUAGCUGGUCAAAUGCCACAGGAUCGCAUGUGCGAAUCGAUUUCCGAGUCGUCGACCGACUCGCGUGAUGAAUACGACGAUCCAGUCGAUCCGAUGUCCAAUCAGAUAACUUGCCGUGUCUCCAUAAAAAGCGCCACCGGCCUGCCACUCUCGCUUUCUAAUUUCGUUUUUUGUCAGUAUACUUUUUGGGGUCAUCAAGAGACUGUGGUGCCCGUCAUCAAUGCCGAAGCGCCCUCGCAUGACCAGAAUAUGGUAUUUAAAUUCGAACAUACUAAAGAUUUCACCGUCACCAUCAAUGAAGAGUUUCUCGAGCACUGCAUUGAGGGUGCUUUAUCCAUUGAGGUUUGGGGUCACCGCAGUGCCGGUUUCUCAAAAACCAAAGGCUGGGAAGUGGAGCAACAGCAGGCUAAGGCGCGUUCGUUAGUCGAUCGCUGGGCGGAGUUGUCACGUAAAAUUGAACUGUGGGUGGAGAUACACGAGCUAAAUGACAAUGGUGAAUAUUCGCCUGUGGAAGUGACAAAUCGCACUGAGGUGCUCACCGGUGGCAUCUAUCAGCUGCGCCAAGGUCAGCAGCGGCGCGUCAAUGUGCGCGUCAAGCCUGUACAAAACUCGGGCACAUUGCCCAUAAUUUGUCAAUCCAUAGUAAACAUAGCUAUUGGCAGUAUUUGUGUGCGCUCACGGCUACAGCGUCCAUUGGAUUCGUAUCAGGAGGAGGAUCUGACUGUGCUACGUGAAAAAUGGAGUGAGGCGCUGGGACGACGACGGCAAUAUCUCGAUCAACAAAUACAAAAGCUGAUUAAAAAAGAGGACAAGAGCGAGGAAGAGCGUGAACGUGAAUUGAGUUUGGUUCAUCAGUGGGUAUCGCUAACCGAGGAACGGAAUGCAGUUUUGGUGCCCGCGCCUGGCUCAGGCAUACCAGGUGCGCCAGCCUCUUGGGACCCGCCAGCUGGCAUGGAACCGCAUGUACCCGUGUUGUUUCUCAAUCUAAAUGCAGACGAUAUGUCGGCACAGAAUACCAAUGACGAAUUCUCCGUUGCUGGCUUAAAUUCCAUACUCUCCAAAGAACAUGGUCAUAAAUUCUACACCCUUCAAAUACUACAACACCUGGAGAAGGAUGUGUGCUCGAUUGCCAGUUGGGAUUCGUCGAUGCACGACAGUCAGGCGUUGAAUCGUAUGACCGAAGCGAAUGAGCGUGUCUACUUAAUUCUGCGCACCACUGUGCGUCUCUCGCAUCCUGCGCCCAUGGAUUUGGUGCUGCGCAAACGCAUCAGCAUAAACAUCAAGAAAGGCCAAAGUAUUACCGAUCGGCUGAAAAAGUUUCGCCUGGUGCGCGGCGAGAAUGCCAUAUCGCAAACGGGUGUCACCUAUGAAGUGGUCUCAAACAUACCAAAGGCAUCAGAGGAAUUGGAGGAUCGCGAGUCGUUGGCACAGCUAGCUGCAAGCGGUGAUGACUGCUCUGCAAGUGAUGGCGAAACCUACAUCGAAAAAUACACACGCGGCGUGUCAGCUGUGGAAAGUAUAUUGACACUUGAUCGCCUACGUCAAAGUGUAGCCGUCAAAGAGCUAGAGACCGCGCACGGUCAACCACUGUCUAUGCGCAAGACUGUCAGCGUGCCCAACUUCUCACAGGCGGUUAAAGAAACAACAGCUGGAAGUCUUAUGCGUUUCGAUGCUUCUAUGGAAUCACUGCUGAACGUGGGACGCUCUGAAUCAUUCGCUGAUCUCAACAAUCAAACACUAAGCUCCAAAUUUCCAGCACACCAAGUCAUACGCGACUUUGGCACUCGCAAUCGUCAUAGCUUUGGCGGCAAAGGCAGCAACGAUGAACCACCAUGCAAACCAUUUGGCAUCGCGCGUCCAACGUUCUUAAAUCUGAAUUUGAAUUUCAAUCAACGCAAUCCGCCAACCAAGCCUUCACCGGCUACCAGCAAGCUACUGGGCAUGCGCAUGACCACGCUUCACGAAGAGCCACUGGGUGUUCAUCGCGCGCUCGCCGAAGAGCCCGAAGACAGCUACAGCGAUUCGGAGUAUACCGCCGAGUAUGAGCAGGAAAAGAACCAACAGAACAACUAUCAUACACGCUCACGGCUCACAGCCUCAAAAACAAUGGACUCGUUCAUGGAUGUCAGCAAUCAUUCAAAUAGCAGCUACUUGAGUUACACGUCCAGCGCCAAUGCGAAUAUGAAGCAUUUAACCGGCCUGGCAACGCCCAGCAUGAGUUCGUCAACAUCGAGCGGUUAUGGAUCGCAGGCGGUAUCGUGCAGCAAUUUAACAAACGAUGAUAUCGCUUCUAUGCGUUCAAUGAGCAUUGAUGAGACACCAGACUUUAAUUCAAAUUCACCACCUAACCGCCAGGCGCGAUUCAAUCCUUUCCUAAAAGACAUGCCCAAAUCAAAUGGCGCUAAACAACAGCAAGCUCAAUCAACGACAGCACAUUCGGCGUUUAAUGAAAAUCAAAACGAAACGCCGCACAAGCAAUCAAAAUCAGCACCAGAAACCAUAGCAGACACACAAUCAGCUACCGAAAUCAUUGCAACAUUCAAUGACAAUGACGCCAACAACACAAAAGCAAAGCUGCCAAACACUUUACCAAAAGCACAAUAUACCGCUGCCAAUGUCGUUGCCAAUGCCGACGCAAACACCAGCAUCGCAGAUGUCAGCGAUUACAUGGCAAAUACCAUAAACGAUGAUGAUGUUGUUAAAAUUAAAAACAACAAUAACUGCGAAGCAACAACUACAGCAGCUAUGUUGAAUAGUAAUCACAAUAAUAGUGAGAACAACAAAAAUACAACAGCAAAAAUAAUUAGUAACAACAUUGCUACAGACAAUCAAAAUGGCAAUGAAAUGCUGAACACUGCACCUGCGUUGUUGGCGGAGGCUGAACAACAGCCGUUAGAGGGUAAUGGCAUUGUACGCGGUCAGCUUCCGGUUGGAAAAGUUGUACGUCGUAAAAAGACACCGCCACAAGGUGGCGUCAUUGUUAUGUCCAGUAGUGUUACAAGCACGAACAACAAUGGCGGUAUGUCGCGUUCACAAUUACAGCGCGCUUCGGUGGCACAAAUGGAGGGCAUAAUGACGGCAUCCAACGAUCGGCUGGAUGUGUCGAUGACAGGCAGCAUGGAACUGGAUGCAGAAAUCGAAGCUUCGCUACCCGAUUGGGUGCUGGUUGGUGAGUCAGUGCUAAUACGCCCCUACAACACAAGUGGAGUAAUUAGCUACAUUGGUACCACACAUUUCCAAGCGGGCACUUGGAUUGGCGUCGAACUGGACACCCCGACAGGCAAGAACGACGGCACCGUACAAGGCAUACAGUAUUUCCAAUGCAAACCCAAACAUGGUAUAUUUGUGCGCUACGACAAGUUGAUAUUGGAUAAGCGCGGCAAAGCAAUGCGGGCCUAUAAAGCUGAGAAAAUUAAUAGCAAAGAAUCGUCUAUGACGCGCUCAAAGAGUCGUGGUGAAUCUUUGUCCAGCGUCGGUGGCGCAACGUCGUCACGCAAAUGAUUAUAUCCAAAAUGUUCGCAUCAAAUGCACCGCUGGGCUAAUUGCAAGCAAUCCACAUUGGUGACAGCAGCAACUGCAACUGCAAACGCAACAACAACAACAACAAGCACUUCAACUGCAGCAAAUGUAAGAGGCGCUGCUGCACCAACGCGCACAUGCACCAAAUUGCGUGCAACCAGCACAGCAGCCGCAGGAGAUGUCACAACGGUGAGAGCUACGGCUCAAGUCACCGGCAUCGAUGCGAACACGAGACGUUUUAAACGACGCUCAACAGCAUUUUAAAUGCAACGCAGCCGAAAACAAAGCAAGCAAAAAACAAAAUUGCCACAUAGCAGCAUUGAAAUGCCAACUGGAUGUGAAUGUUGCGUUGUUGAAAUGCCGCGCGUAGCGUAUAUGUUAAACGUUCCCGAAAGUGAAUGAUUUACAAAAGCAAAAAACUAAUGAUUGAUUUAAUGAACGAACAAACGAAAUGCAAUUAUAAACAAACAUAUAUACACACAUACAUACAUACAUAUUAAAAAUAUGUAUUUGGAAAUAUGCUAAAUAAUCUAAAAUGUGUAAUUAUAAUGGUUAGUUUACACUCGAUGUGCAACUCUCGAUGUGUCCCCUUAAAUUACAAAAUAUCGAAAUUUAUUGUAUGCAAAAAAAAACACGUUCCACACAUUCCCAAACUCCGCCCAGCCCCAUUCCAUCCAAAAACUCGCCAGAUUCGUUAGAACGUGUUGCGCGUUGAACGAGCUGUCUUGGACAGUUAAAGCAGUUAAGAGAAAUUAUGCAAUUAAAUUCGAUGUGUUAAAAUGUGAAAUUUGUAGAUGGAAAAUGCAAUAUCCAAUUGGUAGUUUGUAGUACGCUUAACAAUUUAAGUUUUUAGUGUGUAUAUGAAAGUGUUAAAGGCGCGCAUUUUUUUUAUCCUUUUUAGGAAAGGCUUUUGCAUGUCGUUGAGCAUUAAAAUAACGAAAGGAACAUUAGCACUGGUUGUGGAAGUUGUUUAAGUGUUUAUUUUUUAAUGAAUGGUUGCAUUGAUUAGUGAUAAUUUGGUAAGUCGUGCACGUAUAUGCGCUUUUCAAAAAAAUUUGUUUUGUCUUAAACGCAGUCUGCAUUGUUUUAUGGGUUUCCCUGCAUUCCAAAAUGUAAAAAUACAAAGCAUUAGUCAUUUUCAUUUGUGAACCACUGAACACGCCUGAAUGCUAGUUACAAGUAAGGCUGCGCUAGCUGGGCAUUUUAAUCUGUAAUGCUUUAGCAAUAAAAAUAAGGCUGUUGACCUAAAUACUAGAAUUGUUAAAGUCCGAUGUUAUGCAGACGGUCAAAUAAUCCUGGUCACGUUACUUUUACGCUAAAUUUUUUCAUCUCUGCGCUCUUUGAUCAAUGGUUGAUCGUAUAUCAAAUGAGCAGCAAUCUCUGAUGUACUAUUUAAAAACCUUUAUUACUGUUUUCGGUACCAUAUGGGAUACUACUGUCAUUGCUGACAUGUAAUGGAGAAAACAAAAUAUUACAAAAAAGGAUUGAUUUUCAAUAAAACAAGAAUCCGACGUGUCCGGCAAGUUUGUGGAUUUUAUGUUGAAAUGCAAAACUUUGUCUUACCGCUACUUUUUUGUGCAACGCAAAGUUCAAAAAAGCGAGGCAACCGUUUGUAUUAACAAGCAUUUUUUACGCAAAAAACACAACUGACCCUUUGAACUAUGUGGUGGGGUAAUACUCAACUAAUCCAGGUUCAAUCGGAGAUGAAAUGAAACACUACGCUUCAUUAAAGAAACUCUAGAGCGACGGAGGCGGUGAGCAGCGCUGACUGGUGUCGUUAAGAGUUUUUGCUGGAGUGGCACGUCAUUGGCCAGAUGAUAAGUCUGGGUAGUUCCGGUUACGUAGACCCGACUGUCGGGGGAACCUCUCAUAGGUGAUCGUAACUGAUGUCGGUCCCGAUAUACGGCCAAUGAAUGGUUCGGACAAUAGUUUUUGACUGCGGUGCGAGUUGGUAGAUAAACUUGCCUCCAGACAAUGGUAACGGGACGGUGAAUGUCGCAUUGGAGACCUACGAAGAGUGCACUUGGUCGAAUGUCGUCUCCAUAGUCGCACACUAUGAUAGUAGGUAAGUGCUGGAAGGGAUGGCGGCAGGUACCAGCUAUUUCCGAUCAUGCUGAGCGGUAGAGAGUUGCGCAGAGCAAUGGCUCAUACACAAGGCUACUUCUGCAACCUUUGUUGCGUUCUAUCCCAUUAAAGCCUUAAUAACUAAUUGGGUAAAACAAAAAGUAUCACCGUUAAAAUUUUUCCAUUCUACUCCUAAACGGAACAUGUAGUGUUAAACGUUUUCCAUUUUGCCCGUAAAAGGAGCCAAUAGCAAAAUAAAUCUACAAUUGAGUUUUUUUUACGAGUGAUUCGGUGUCUGCCGGCUAUUAAUUUAUUAACCGAUUUGCCAUAGCGCACGGUUCUCCCUAAUAAUUUGUGUUCUUAAUUGAAACAAUAACAACUGCCGACCAAUCUAGCCCAUGGCCGUCUGCAAUGCAUUAUAUAUUUUUGUAAUUAACUUCCCAGACAAAUUUCAGAGUCGUCUUUUAUCUCAUGGACUACACUUUUGAAGAAUCUGUAUAUGAUGGAAACCAAAGUUGAUUGCACUGAACGUCCAAAUUGAAACACAUAUCCAGCAUGAGCGUUACGUGUUUUCCGUA